AUGGAGGAUUACAAGACGUACCUGGUUGAGAACGUUCUCAGUGAUGACAAGGUGGUCACAUACCGCUUACUUAGCCGGGCCCUGCGCGUACACCCCAAUGUAGCUAAGCAAAUGCUUCAUGAUUUCCACAAGACCCAGAGCACCAAGAAACCUGGAAGUGUCUAUGCCACUUACCUGCUAUACGGUAUCAAAAAGUCCAUUCACCAUCAAAAUGGAAACGCCAUGGACAUCGACUUGCCCAGUUCGCUUCCCGAUGCUGACCCUGUAGACGACGACGAUGUGCCUUCAUACACCCUUGCACUUGUCCAGGAGGACCGGUUAGCAGAUGUCCUCAGGGACUACGAGACGGUAUCAUCGAUACAUGUCUACAGCAUCGGACCUCACCCAGCCAAGGACCUCACGCUGCUUGUCGAUGCCGCCCAAAGUGCGCUAGCCAUCAAGGAUGAUGUUAAGAAGCCACGACCCCGUACCAUCGUCAACUCUCACGUACGCCGAAGGGAAAUAAGGGGAUCGGGGUUCAAGGCUGCCGCUGCCGCCCCCAUCAAGCAGGAGUCGAAGGCUAAAGCAGCACCCACGAAGACGGCACCUGCUAAGCCAUCGCCAGCGCCCGCUCCUGCGGCCGCGCCAGCAAAGCCCAAGGAGGAGAGCAAAUCCGCUACACCGGCUACGGAACCCGAAGCACAAGCUGCUGCUGCCACCAAGAAACCUGCGCCAUCCCUCAAGCGCAACACCUCCGCCGUCUCUGGUAUUAUGCAAGCCUUCUCCAAGGCCGCCUCCCUGCCCAAGAAGGCCAAGACAUCAGCAAAGUCUACUCCCGCUGCUGAAGAUACUCCCGUUGUUCUUUCAGACGAUGGAGAAGAUGAUGACGACGACGUCCCGCUGCCAAAACCCGGCGCGACAUCUUCGCGGAAGAGCAGGAAGGAGCGCGAGGAGGAACUGAGGAGAAUGAUGGAGGACGACGAAGACGAGGACAUGGAAGACAAGGCUGAUUCUCCUGCCCCAGAGGAAGAGGAACCCGUCGUCGAGGAGCCAUCGGCUAAGGCUGAGGCUGCCAAGGAGGAAGACAAAGAGAUUGUGACGACAACUGGUGAUGGUCGGAGGCGUGGAAAGAGGAGGGUUAUGAAGAAGAAGCAGAUCAUGGAUGAUCAGGGAUAUCUGGUCACCAUACAGGAAUCGGCAUGGGAGUCCUUCUCUGAGGAUGAGGCUCCGCCAGCCUCCAAGCCGAAGCUCAAGGUUGCGAGCUCGGUGCCACCCGCAGCGGCCGGGAAAGGGAAGAAGGCGGCGCCCAAGGGACAGGGCAACAUCAUGUCGUUCUUCUCCAAGAAGUAG